AUGGCUGACUUCCUGCCCCUGCUGCCUUGGGCAACCCCAGUGGGCCAAGGCAUCGCCCAGAGCUCACCUAUCUCCCUAGACAAGUGGCAGAGGCAGCAACCACGGGGUGGCAAGGCCCAGGGCCUGCACCCUGAGCCCUGGAAGCUCCUGGAAGUGCCUUCCAUUCUCAUAACACCAUCCAGUGAUGGGGAGUCACCUCCCGGUACCCCAGUUCCCCAGCACCUCCAGCGAUCAAGGAUGGCGGAUCUGGAGAGUUCGGCUGAGGACAGCACCACCCCCCACUCUGGCCGGAGCACACCCAGCAGUUCCCCGUCCCUCCGGAAACGGCUGCAACUCCUGCCCCCAAGCCGGCCCCCACCUGAGCCUGAACCAGGCACCAUGGUGGAGAAGGGGUCAGACAGCUCCUCGGAGAGGGGCAUGGUACCUGGGACCCCGAGCACCCAGAGCACAGGCGGCCGGAACUUCAUCCGCAACAGCAAGAAGAUGCAGAGUUGGUACAGUAUGCUGAGCCCCACGUACAAACAGCGUAACGAAGACUUCCGGAAACUCUUCAGCAAGCUCCCGGAAGCUGAACGCCUCAUUGUGGAUUACUCCUGUGCUCUGCAGCGCGAGAUCCUCCUUCAGGGCCGCCUCUAUCUCUCCGAGAACUGGAUCUGCUUUUAUAGCAACAUCUUCCGCUGGGAGACGACGAUUUCCAUCCAGCUGAAGGAAGUGACAUGUCUGAAGAAGGAGAAGACAGCCAAGCUGAUCCCCAAUGCCAUCCAGAUCUGCACAGAGAGUGAGAAGCAUUUCUUCACCUCCUUCGGGGCCCGCGACCGCUGCUUCCUCCUCAUCUUCCGCCUCUGGCAGAAUGCGCUACUUGAAAAGACGCUGAGUCCCCGCGAGCUCUGGCACCUGGUGCAUCAGUGCUACGGCUCAGAGCUGGGCCUCACCAGCGAGGAUGAGGACUAUGUCUGCCCCCUGCAGCUGAACGGUCUGGGGAGCCCCAAGGAGGUGGGAGAAGUGAUCGCCCUGAGUGACAUCACCCCCUCAGGGGCAGCAGACCACAGCCAGGAGCCGAGCCCAGUGGGUUCUCGCCGCGGCCACACCACUCCCAACCUUUCCCGGGCCAGCAGUGAUGCGGACCAUGGGGCAGAGGAGGAGAAGGAGGAGCAGUCAGCCAGCCAGCCAGAUGCCUCCCCCAGCCAGACGGUGGCCCCAGUGGCUGACCCCCCAAGCACAGAGCCCACCCUGCCAGAUGGGCCCACCUCCUUGGGCCCCUUGGACCUGCUGCCCAGUGAGGAGCUGUUGACGGACACGAGUAACUCCUCUUCAUCCACUGGGGAGGAAGCUGACCUGGCUGCCCUGCUUCCUGACCUCUCUGGCCGUCUCCUGAUCAACUCCGUCUUCCACGUGGGUGCUGACCGGCUCCAGCAGAUGCUCUUCUCUGAUUCGCCCUUUCUGCAGGGCUUCCUGCAACAGUGCAAGUUCACAGAUGUGACCUUGAGUCCCUGGAGUGGGGACAGCAAGAGCCAUCAGCGCCGAGUGUUGACUUACACCAUUCCCAUCAGCAACCCACUGGGCCCUAAGAGCGCUUCUGUGGUGGAGACACAGACACUGUUCCGGCGUGGUCCACAGGCAGGCGGGUGUGUGGUGGACUCGGAGGUGCUGACACAAGGCAUCCCUUACCAGGACUACUUCUACACUGCCCACCGUUACUGCAUCCUGGGCCUUGCCCGGAACAAGGCCCGCCUCCGAGUCUCCUCUGAGAUCCGCUACCGAAAGCAGCCAUGGAGCCUCGUGAAGUCCCUCAUUGAGAAGAACUCAUGGAGCGGCAUUGAGGACUAUUUUCACCACUUGGAGCGGGAGCUGGCCAAGGCUGAGAAGCUGUCUCUGGAGGACGGCGGGAAGGACGCACGGGGGUUGUUGUCGGGCCUGCGGAGGCGGAAGAGGCCCCUGAGCUGGAGGGGUCAUGGUGACGGGCCCCAGCACCCAGACCCUGACCCCUGCACCCGGCCUGGCUUGCACACCUCGGGCUCCCUCAGCUCCCGUUUCCCGGAACCAUCCGUGGACCAGGGUCCUGGGGCAGGUGUCCCCAGCGCCCUGGUUCUCAUCAGCAUUGUCCUCAUCAUCCUCAUUGCCCUCAACGUCCUCCUCUUUUAUCGCCUCUGGUCCUUGGAAAGGACAGCCCACACCUUCGAGUCCUGGCACAGUCUGGCCCUGGCCAAUGGCAAAUUCCCCCAGACGGCCACGGAGUGGGCGGAGAUCCUGGCCCUGCAGAAGCAGUUCCACAGCGUGGAGGUGCACAAGUGGAGGCAGAUCCUGCGGGCCUCCGUGGAGCUCCUGGACGAGAUGAAGUUCUCGCUGGAGAAGCUGCAUCAAGGUAUCACAGUCUCAGACCCUCCCUUCGACUCCCAGCCUCGGCCUGAUGACAGCUUUUCCUGA